AUGGAGAACUCCCAGCUAUGUAAGCUGUUCAUUGGCGGGCUGAACGUGCAGACGACGGAGGCCGGGCUGCGGGAGCACUUCGCGGCCUACGGGACCCUGACUGACUGCGUGGUGGUGCUGAACCCGCAGACCAAGCGCUCCCGAUGCUUCGGCUUCGUCACGUACUCGGCGGUCGAGGAGGCCGACGCCGCCAUGGCAGCUUCUCCGCACGCGGUGGACGGCAACGCCGUGGAGCUGAAGCGGGCCGUCUCCCGCGAGGACUCGGCCCGGCCGGGGGCGCACGCGAAGGUGAAGAAGCUCUUCGUCGGAGGCCUCAAGGGGGACCUGGGCGAGAACGACCUGGUGGAGCACUUCAGCCAGUUCGGCCCCGUGGAGAAAGCCGAGAUCAUCUCCAACAAGCAGAGCGGCAAGAAGCGCGGCUUCGGCUUCGUCUACUUCCAGAACCACGACGCCGCCGACAAGGCCGCUGUGGUCAAGUUCCACCCCAUCCAGGGCCACCGCGUGGAGGUCAAGAAGGCCGUGCCUAAGGAAGACAUCCAGGGCGGCGGCGGCGGCGGGGGCUCCUCCAGGUCGAGUUGGGGCGGACGGGGGCGAGGAAGGGGAGGCGGAGGCAACCGGGACCACAACGGGCUCUCCAAAGGAGGAGGCGGCGGCGGCUAUAACAGUUAUGGUGGCUAUGGCGGAGGAGGCGGCGGCGGCGGCUACGGAUCCUACGGAGGCGGCUCAUACGGUGGAGGUGCCGGCGGCGGCGAUUACGGCAACGGGUACGGCGGCUUCGGCAGCUACAGCCAGCACCAGUCUUCCUACGGCCCCAUGAAGAGCGGCGGCGCGGGGGGCGGAGGGGGCGGCGGCUGGGGCCCCCGCAGUAACAGUGGACCAUACAGAGGCGGUUAUGGCGGGGGAGGUUACGGCGGCUCCUUCUAA